AUGAAGCGCAUGCAAGGACUACUACACAAGACGACUUUUGGCAUAGCUCAAGAGAAAAGAACAUCGAAUACUCCUGGGCCUAUCGCUGGUCAGAAACGUCAACUCCCCAACAGCGAUGGCUCAGAUAAGCCCCGGUUAUCCUGUAAUUCUGAUCCGCAAGCCACUGUUCACUUUCAGAGAGCAAUUGUCCUCCCUCACGGCCAGUGUCGUCUGACAGCCAGUGUGAUAUCCAAUGUGGAAAGAAUCCCUUCGGAAACUACGGAAUAUACGCAGAGGAGACUUAUUUCAGCAACUCCGCUGUCCUCACAGGACCCUGAGCUCAGCCUUGAUCAUGCAAUAUAUGACUUGCCACGUCAAAUUUCCUUGAAUUUUGCUUCUGCGGGCAUUAAACAUAUAUAUCCCUGGCAGAAGAAUUGCUUAAAGGGUCCAGGACUCCUUUCCGGGGAGAGAAACCUCGUAUAUUGUGCUCCAACUGGUGGUGGUAAAUCUCUGGUUGCAGAUUUGCUUAUGCUCAAACGCAUCAUCGAGGCGCCCGGCACCAAAGCACUCCUUAUUUUGCCCUAUGUUGCCCUUGUUCAAGAAAAGGUAGCUUGGCUUCGAAGGAUUGUGCGGAACGUGAGAAUCCUAGAAAGUCCCUCGGCGGAAGAUGAAUCCGAUCAGCCGUGGCGCCAACGUGUAGACUACGGGACUAUCCGGGUAGUUGGCUUUAUAGGCGGCGGUAAAAUAAGGGCCACCUGGGAUGAUUUCGAGAUUGGAGUUUGCACUUUGGAAAAGGCAAACGCUCUUGUGAACACGGCGAUUGAUGAUUGUUCCAUCAGCAGGCUACGUGCUGUAGUCUUAGAUGAGCUUCACAUGAUAGACGACGACCAACGGGGCUACAUAUUCGAACUCAUUGCUACCAAGUUACUUAGCCUUGGACAGCAACUUCAAAUCAUAGGCAUGAGCGCAACACUUCCGAACCUCAGUUUGCUGUCGACUUGGCUCAAGGCACAUGCCUAUGAGACGCGAUACAGGCCCGUUCCGAUACAAGAACAUCUUGUUUACGACGGCAAGAUCUUUCUGGCCGGCCCCAACGAUGGUUUAGGGGAGACCUCUUCCCAACUGAGCAGUCAGGACGUCGCAAGCGGGAAGAGUUCGCCGAUUCGACGCAUCAAUCUCUCUCUACACAAGGAAUUCGCCGAUCCGGUUCUUAACUCUGUUGUUUCAUUGUCCUAUGAGACUGCUUGCAUGGGAUAUGGCGUCUUGGUUUUUGCUGGUAGCCGAGGCAUUUGCGAAUCUGAUGCUCUUUGGAUAAGUCGCGUCAUGCCGCAGCCACACGAGCUGCCUCAGGAAAUCCUCGACAAACGAAUGAGUCUGUUGGCCGAUUUGCGAAGUCUAAGUAUAGAAGUGGAUCCGGUCUUGGAGGAGACGGUAUUGUACGGGGUUGCUUUCCAUCGUGAGUUGACAGGGUGUGCUGGCUUGACUAGCGAAGAACGGGAUCUCGUCGCAGCUGCGUACGAUUCGGGGACCAUUUUGGUUUGCAUAGCAACGUGCAGUCUGGCUGCCGGUAUCAACUUGCCCGCUCGCAGAGUGAUACUGCAUAAUGCAAGGAUGGGAAGAGAGUACAUUGGCCCUGCAAUGCUAAGACAGAUGCGAGGGAGAGCUGGAAGGCAAGGAAAGACACCAAUUGGGGAGACGUAUCUUUGCUGCAAGCAUGCCGAUCUCGACCAUGUCAUGCAAUUGAUGCAUGCGGAAAUUCCCAAGGUUUCGAGUUGCUUGAACACAAAAAACCGACGUAUACAACGGGCAAUAUUGGAGAUUAUAUGUAUCCGCCUCGCUACAAGUCACGAGUCUAUUGUAGAGUACUUUUCCAGUUCCCUGCUACACAGCUCAGAGCCAUCACCAGAGUUCCUACAUGAGAGCGUCAAAUCCAGUCUUGAUGAGCUUCAAGACAUGGGGCUGAUCAGCAGCGACGCCCUUCCAAACUUUAGCCCAACUCGCCUGGGAAAGGCCAUAGUGGCAUCAUCGAUAGAUCCCGACGAUGGUGUCUUCAUUCACGGCGAGCUGAGCAAAGCCCUUCGGGCCUUUGUAAUGGACGGCGAGAUGCACAUCCUGUACGUCUUGACGCCAGUUCAAGAUUUCAGCGCCGCAGUUAACUGGCAAGUAUUUCGCAACGAAAUGGAGGCCCUUGACGAAAGUGGCCUCAGAGUCCUGGACUUUCUGGGAAUAAGGCCCACACACGUUCUUCGACUCGCUCAAGGUGCAACGCUGAAGGACACGACACCGGAAGAGAAGAAGACGGCCCGAGUCUACCGUAGAUUCUAUCUAGCCAUGCAAUUGCGGGACCUAUGUAACGAGGUACCCAUACAUGUCGUGGCACGCAAGUACGACAUGCCACGAGGUUCCGUGCAAAACCUGUCACAGACUUGCCAGGGAUUCGCUGCCGGCAUGGUGAAGUUUUGCGAACACAUGGGUUGGGGAGUCAUGGCCGCUGCGCUUGAUCAUUUUUCGGAUCGCUUGACAGCCGGUGCAAGAAGUGAACUCCUAGCCCUUGCCAGGUUGCCCUUUAUCAAGAGUCGUACAGCGCGGAUGUUUUACGACAACGGAUAUCGCAGCAUUGCCUCCAUUGCAAACACCAACCCGAAGGACUUGGUGCCCAUAUUGAUGCAGGCGCAACCCAACAAGGUACGGGUAAAAGGACAAAGCGACGCACUACUGGGAGAAAAGAUGGUUGCAAAGGCCAACAUAAUAUGUCAGGCGGCGAAUAGGCUGUGGAGUGUGCAGAUGCAGGCCGAGAUGGAAGAGGAGUAA